UUUCAUCUGCUCUUCUCUUUUCUUUUCUCUCAUACAACUCCCUCUAUUUUGGCAUAUCUUAAGACCACAAUCAGUCUUUGGACAAUUAUCUCUCUCAUUUCGCUGAUAUUGACUACAAAGUAAGUUCCAAACCAAUUAUGUUCAACUCAAUUUGUAACCAGGAACCACUACUCAUUCAUUCUGGGCCUUUGAUCCAUUUCCUUGGUUGGAGCACAAAACUUCUCUGUCAUCAACCACUUGUGCCCUUACUAGGAAGUUUUCCUGGUCUUCAUUCAAUGAGAAAAAUCUUCCUCAAUUGGUCAGCCUUCUUGUGGGCAUCAACCCAAAAACACAAAAAGGAGAGAAAUGUUUUCAUCAAUUUCAUUACUCAAGAGAAAGCACUGAUGAUCUAUGAGAAAUCUCUUCGAUGCUAAAGCCAACUGAUAUGCUGAGGCUGGGAAAUAGGUUUGUUCUCACUGACCCAAGAGGACAGAGACAGGGGGAUGAACUUCAGGAGAAGCAUCUUUAGGCUUCAGAGAAGAAAAAAGCUUCCUAAGGAGAGCUGUCCAAAUAAGGAUGAAAUGCUUUAAGGUGAACAUCAUAGAGGAGGGGUGACUCAGCAAUAAAAUAUACAUUGGAAAAUCAUGUUGGGAAAAGUCAUUACAAUAAAAACAUUUCCAGAAAAAAUUGGCACUGACUAAUUUGGUCAUUACGUUUUCCUCAAGAAAAAAAAUAAGGAAAUAAACAGGAUCUGGCACCAGCAACUGCUGAGAAGGUGGGAAUAAAAGAGGUCCUGAAACCAGGGGACAUCCAAACUCAAGAACCUCCCUCACCUGCAAACCAACCUAUUACCUCAAUCCACCAACAUCAUGGUCAGCUCCUGUUGUGGCUCCACCUGCGGUGGCCACGGUUGUGGCUCUGGCUGUUGUGGCUCCGGCUGCUGCUGCCAGCCUUGCUGCCGCCCCUGCUGCUGCAUUUCUAGCUGCUGCCAGCCAUGCUGCUGCCGCCCCAGCUGUUGUCCUAGCUGCUGCCGCCCCUGCUGCUGCCAGUCCUGCUGCCGCCGCCCCUGCUGCUGCCGUCCCAGCUGCUGUACUUCGAGCUGCUGCCAACCCUGCUGCCGCCCCAGCUGCUGUACUUCUAGCUGCUGCCAACCCUGCUGCCGCCCCAGCUGCUGUACUUCUAGCUGCUGCCAGCCAUGCUGCCGCCCCAUCUGCUGCCAGACCACUUGCUGCAGAACCACCUGCUGCCGCCCAACCUGCUGUGGCUCUUGCUCCCAGGGGACAUCCAAACUCGAGAACCUCCCUCAUCUGCAAACCAACCUAAAACCUCAAUCCACCAACAUCAUGGUCAGCUCCUGUUGUGGCUCCACCUGUGGUGGCCAAGGCUGUGGCUCUGGCUGUUGUGGUUCCCGCUGCUGCUGCCAGCCCUGCUGCCGCCCCUGCUGCUGCAUUUCUAGCUGCUGCCAGCCCUGCUGCUGCCGCCCCAACUGUUGUACUAGCUGCUGCCGCCCCUGCUGCUGCCAGCCCUGCUGCCGCCCAUGCUGCUGCCGCCCCAGCUACUGUACUUCUAGCUGUUGCCAAUCCUGCUGCCACCCAUGCUGCUGCCGCCCCUGCUGCUGCCAGACCACUUGCUGCAGAACCACCUGCUGCCGCCCAACCUGCUGUGGUUCUUGCUGCUGAACUCUGCUGACCUCUCACACCGGUCUGCAAAUGCCCACUCUCCCCAUUCUCUCUCAAACAGCCAGGACAGCUUUUCUUCCACUGAUUCCCUUCAAAAAAACAUUCUUCAGGGCAAACAGAAUUGCACUUUCAGCCAGGAGCGACCAUUUCCAGUAAUCACCGCCUACUCAACACCUCACUGACAUCAUUCUCUUGCCUUCAUCUUUUUACGUGGACACCAAAUUCUCAAUUAAUUUAUAUCUAUGCAACACGAUUCUUCACAAUUCCCCCACACCUUCAUUGUUUUCCUCACUGACUUUGGUCACAAACUUUUGCUCUUUGAGAAGAACAAUAUCAACCAUGUGUUGAGCUCACAAUGAACUUUUCUUACUGAGCUUACAAUGAUGUUUCUGAUUGGGCUUUGUGUUAGUGUUUGUCCAAUUCCAAAUAAAGUUUCCUGGA